GGGAUGAAUCUGAGACAAAAAAAAAAGGAAAUUAAAGGGACCAUCAGUGUUACUUUUUCAAUACUUGGACUAAAGGUGUGAAAUUGGCCCUACCUCAUGGAUGAAAUAUGUAAUUUACUCUUGAAAUUAUUAUGGAUUUUUAAUGAAUAAAACUCGCUUUCUCCCACGACAGUUUUCUUCCUAUUUAAAGCAAAGUCUUCUUUCUCUCUCCAAUUUUUAAAUCAUCAACUCACUUUCUCUCUCUAAAGCCAAUCUUUCUCUCUCUAAAAUUCCUUGAUUCACAUACACCACUGUGUGUAUGCAAAAUUUGUUGCAAAAAAUUGACAGUGGUGUGAAUCAAAUGUGAUGGGAGGAGGAUUCUCGCAGCUCCUCCCCUGCUUCAAUCCGGCGGAGAAACGGGGGACUGACUCACCGGAGCUGAUUUUCACGGCUACCGACCCUUUAGACGAAACCUUAGGUCACUCCUUUUGUUAUGUUCGUUCAUCAGCCCGGUUCCUCUCUCCUUCUCACUCCGAUCAUUUUGUUUCUCCUUCGCAAUCUCUGCGAUUCUCUCCGUCGCACGAAUCUUCCUCGACGAGGUCGCGGCAACCGUACGGCGUGUCGGAGACUGGUUUCAAAGCGAUUUCAGGUGCCUCGGUAAGUGCGAAUACCUCCACUCCCCGGACUGUCCUUCAGUUAGAGAAUAUUUACGAUGAUGCCACUGAUUCUGUUGGUGGCGGGGUCAAGUCCAGUAUAGUCAAUGGAUUUGAAAGUACGUCUUCGUUUAGUGCGCUUCCGUUGCAGCCUCUGCCACGAGGAGACUCUGCGAGGGCGGCUUCCGGUCAAAUGGAGAGAGCAUUCUUCAUGUCUGGUCCGAUCGAGCUCGGGGCUCUAUCCGGUCCGUUAGAUUCAAACCUCGGUUCGGAUUCUAACAAUGGUAUCCCGUUCUCCGCGCCGCUCAAUGGUGGCAUUUACGUCAAAAAUAAGAGAAGGAAAUCCAUUCCUGGGAUCCGGAAAGCGUUCAAUCGGAACUUCCCUCGGCCUUGGGUAGUUCCCGUACGGAGUUUCGUCGGAGGCCGGAAGGAAGCUCCGGCAGGUGGUAGGGGAGUAGAAGAAUCGGAGAGGAAGAACGAGAGCGACGUUCAGUGGGCUUUGAUGAAAGCGGGGGAGGAUCGGGUGCACGUCGUCGUAUCAGAAGAACACGGGUGGCUAUUUGUUGGCAUUUAUGACGGAUUCAACGGUCCUGAUGCUCCGGAAUUCCUGAUGGGAAAUUUAUAUAAAGCCAUGUAUAAAGAGCUCGAAGGUUUGUUUUGGGAUUUAGAAGACGAACCUCCCGCGCAACAUCAAUCUUCUCCACCACAACUACAACAAGUAGAAUCAACAGAUAUAAAUUCAAUUCCUGUAAAGAAGGUUUCAUUUCAACCUGAAGAAGAACUAGCAACCAGAAGGAGAAGAUUAUGGGAAUACCUUGCGGAAGAAGAACCUGAAGAUGGACUCGAUCUUUCUGGUUCCGAAAGGUUUGCAUUUUCAGUCAAUGAUGCACUCAGUAUAAGCAAAACCAGCUCCACAGUUGGUCGCAGGUCAUUACUGUUAUCCAGAUGGAGAAACGGGUUUGGUAAACAUAAGGAAGGCAGUAAAUUAUUUGCUUGGAAAUUCGGGUUGGAUGCCAAAGAGCAAAAACAAGUGGAAAACAGAACAGAGGAGACCUGUAAUGUUAUUAAAAGUGGUAGGAAGAAGAAAUCUGGUCCAGUAGACCAUGAAUUAGUCUUGAAAGCAAUGUCAAGAGCUUUGGAAGUAACAGAGCUUGCAUAUCUGGAUAUGACUGAUAAGGUCAUGGAUCAAUAUCCUGAGCUUGCUCUUAUGGGUUCCUGCAUAUUGUCUGUGUUGAUGAGAGAUGAAGACGUGUACGUGAUGAAUUUAGGAGAUAGUCGUGCCAUUGUUGCACAGCAUGAUGAAAUUGAACAAAUCGGUUCAUCUCACACAGAGGAUAAUGUAGUCAAGGAAUCCAUAGACGUUCCUGUUGAAGAUUCCAGGUUGACAGCUUUGCAACUUUCUACCGAUCAUAGCACAAGCAUCGAAGAAGAAGUUACUAGAAUCAAGAAUGAGCAUCCGGAUGACAGAAAUUGUAUUGUGAAUGAUAGAGUGAAAGGUCGUCUCAAAGUAACCCGUGCUUUCGGGGCUGGAUCCCUCAAAAAGGCGAAAUGGAACGAUUCGUUGUUGGAGAUGUUUCGUAAUGAUUAUAUCGGAAACGCGCCAUACAUAUCUUGUGUUCCUUCUGUAAGACACCAUCAACUGUGUGAAAGAGACCAAUUUGUGGUUCUUUCAUCGGAUGGAUUGUAUCAGUAUUUUAGCAAUGAAGAAGUUGUUUCUCAUGUCCACAUUUUCAUCCACAAGUUCCCCGAUGGUGACCCCGCUCAACACCUCAUAGAGGAGCUUCUUCUACGCGCUGCCAGCAAAGCGGGGAUGGAUUUGCAUGAACUGUUGGACAUCCCACAAGGUGAUCGGAGGAAGUACCAUGAUGAUGUAACAGUCAUGGUCAUUUCUCUCGAAGGCCGAAUUUGGAAAUCAUCAGGAAAAUACCUCUAAAACCAAACAUAUAAAUCCUAAAUUUUGCAUUUAUUAAAACUUGGGGGGGUAAUUGGUAUUUUAAGAAAAGAGGGAGUUGUUGAUCUUUGUUUUUUUCUUUUUCUUUUUUUGGGAGGGUGGGUGGUAAAUUAUUUUAAUCUUUUGAUUUGUAAUUUGUGUUAGGUUUUUUUUUUUUUUUUUGGGUAC